CAACUAGACCCAGCAUUUUGAAGUAGGCAGCUGUAACAGUGUACCGCAAUAUGAGCUCUCUGCCGUGCAAAGCAUAUAAAUCGUGGGAGAGUUCCCCAGUUACUUGGCGGCUGCUUCGUGCAAGACCCCCUUAGGGACUCCUCCAAUUCGUGCGGAAACAAACAUAAAUUAUUAUCAAAAUGCUUUUCAGGUCUAUCAUAUUGCCUUUUUUGGUCAUUUUUUGGGCAUCUUUGGGCAGCGCAACCCCCAAUUGCCCAUUUCUUGGAUUUGAUCUCCCAUCGGCUCGUGCUCCUUCGAACAGCACGGCCGUUCAUACAGCGAAGAGGAAUGUAACUUAUCUCAUCCACGAGCUGUUACACGAUCAACUAGCGACGGUCAAUUCGACCUCGUUCUCAGUCCAAGCCUAUUCGACCCACGAGGAGAGCGUUCUUUUCGAAUACCAUUAUGCAGCCCCAGUCGGACAGGUUGGCACCAGCAGCGUUGAUGGCAACACUGUGUACCGAAUUGGCAGCGUAUCAAAACUCCUGUUCAUAUAUUUGUGGUUGAUUGAAGACGGUGACAUUCACUUCAAUGAUGCGAUCACGAAUUUCGUACCCGAGCUUGCCCAGGAUGCAGAAACUUCGACUGGUAUUUUACAGCCUCUAUGGAGGGAUAUCACCAUUGGUGAGCUAGCAAGCCAUCUUGGAGGGAUCGGGCGUGAUUAUUCAACACCCUCGGAGGCUUUACUUGUCCUUCCCCCCAAUACUCUCUCAGAAUUAGAUCUCCCUCCACCAACCGAAACGGUACCUUGUGGGCUGGGAGAAGCAAGCAGACCGUGUGACAGAACAGACUUUUUCGAAAACUAUUUGCAGCGGCGACCCGUUUUCACAUCAUCGAAAACACCAAUCUACUCAAACGUUGCAUUCCGAAUUCUGGGGUAUGCUCUUGAGACUAUCACCGGAAUCUCCUUCGAUGACUUAUUCACAAACGAUUUCGUGAACCGUCUGAAUUUGCCAGGGACAAGCCUGUCUAUACCGAAAAAUGGGACUCCGUCUGUCAUUCCAGUUAGUCCUGAGGAAAGUUGGUGGAAUUACGACUUGGGAGAGAACGCUCCGGCUGGAGGAGUUUAUUCAACUCCAUCGGAUCUCUCGGCUAUUGGGCGAUCAAUUCUGAAAUCAUCAAUCUUGUCCGCGUCCCUAACCCGCCGUUGGUUGACUCCGCGUACCCACACAUCUUCUCUUAUAGAGUCAGUCGGCGCACCUUGGGAGAUAGAGCGCGUUCCGCUUUUGCCGAACCAAACCAUCGAUCUCUACACCAAAAAUGGAGGAGUCGGUCUCUAUGGGGCUCUCCUCGUCUUGUCGCCCGACCUCGAUUUUGGAGUGACCCUCACUGCCGGGGGACCCGCUAAUAUUGAGGUUAUGGAAGCACUUAUAGAAGUGGUGUUGCAAAAUUUUAUGCCUGCGCUGCGAUUGGCAGCUCAAGAAGAAGCACAAAACAAUCUGGCAGGGACUUACUCCAAUCCAGCCCUUAAUGCUUCAAUCAAGAUUAAUACGCAGGCAAAUAGGACAGGGCUCGUUGUCUCGGAUUGGAUUUAUAACAGUACAGAGGUCUCGGCCAUUUACAACGUGGCUAGCGGUUCUGAUCCAGACACGCCGCUGGAUAUCGCCCUCUACCCUACUGGAAUUCAGUCUGGUCUCAAAAAUGGAACUCAAAACGUGUAUUACCGUGCUGUUUUCCAGGAACAGGCACCGGACGAAUCACCCGAUACUACUCCUGGUACUAUUGUCGAACCGUGCUCGAGUUGGGCAUCUGCUGACUCACUCUCUUACGGAAAUGUUGCCCUUGAUGAUAUUGCCUUUACGUUAGAUUGCAAGGGGAGAGCAAUUUCUGUUGAGCCUCGAUUUCUAGGCGUUACGCUCAAGCGUCUCUAAAUGGGUUUAGAAAUGGCUUAGAAAUAUUAACCUUAGCGGCAAUUAUUGUUGUAUCGUGGUACUGGCUGGACUGACUUUACCAAUAUUUUUUAAUUAUCUAUAUCACAAUUAUAAAAAUCCAAACAUAAUCUUCUAAUAUAAGAAGAGAUACGACCCUUGGA